AUUUAUUCGAAAAUGUCAAGCUCAGCUUUGAAGAGAAUUAACAAGGAGCUUAUGGACCUUGGAAGGGAUCCACCCUCAGGCUGCUCAGCUGGACCAGUCAGUGAUGAUGAUAUGUUUACGUGGCAAGCAUGUAUUGUAGGGCCAGAUGACAGUCCUUACCAGAAUGGGGUAUUCUUCCUCCACAUCACAUUUCCUGAGAAGUAUCCCUUCCAUGCUCCGAAGGUGAACUUUACAACAAAAAUUUAUCAUCCGAAUAUCGAUGCUCAAGGAAGUAUUUGCUUAGAUAUUUUAAAGGAUCAGUGGAGUCCUGCAUUGACUAUCAUAAAAUGUUUAUUGUCGAUCAGCUCUUUGAUGACGGACCCUAAUCCAGAUGAUCCCUUAGUUAACGACAUUGCCAAUGUGUACAAGGAUGAGCCUGGCAAGUUCAAUGAGACUGCCAAGAAGUGGACCAGACUAUACGCAUUUGGGACAGAGUAAGAAUUCUUGCUUGGUGAGGUAGCAACUAAUGACUAAAAUUUCAA